AUGGUGAGACAACAACAUGAUUCCGAACUUGAAAUGGAAUUAAUUCCGCGACAAGUAUCAAUCGGAAUUGAUUCAUCAUCGAUGGCAUCAUCAACAACAAAUUCUACAACAUCAUCAAAAUCAUCAUUACAUUUUAUGAAGAGUUCUGUUACUGUUUGGUUCAUUCCAUUAAUAUUUGCAUUAGCCACUUUUUAUAUGUAUAUAUUAUCUACAAAUGCACCGCCAUUAAAAGACGAUAGCGAUAGAGCUACUUUGCGUUUUCCACGAAGUAUUGAGGCCCUAAAAAAUUUAUCAAAUACCUUACAACAUUAUCGUGAUGAUCAUCUAGCUUAUCUUCUAUUGCUCUAUGGUUCUACGUAUUUAUACAAGCAAUCGUUUUCAUUACCAGGCUCCGCUAUUUUGAAUUUACUUGGCGGAGCUCUAUUUGGUACAUGGUUGGGCUUUCCAUUUUGUUGUUUAUUAACAGCAGUUGGUGCUACAUUAUGCUAUUUACUUGUUUCGCAUUUCGCUCAUAAUUUAGUUGUUGAAUGUUGUCACAAAAAAAUAUCAAUAUUACAAAAAAAAGUUGAAGCUGGUCGUGACAACCUGUUCUUUGUUUUACUUUUUAUGCGAAUGGUACCAAUGAGUCCAAAUUCACUCAUUACAAUAACAUGUCCGUUGCUAAAUGUACCGAAAAAAAUAUUUUUCUUUUCCAUACUAUUCGGUAUGGCUCCAUAUACUUUUAUAAGUGUGCAAACUGGUUCAUUCCUUUCACAAUUAAAUAGUUUUGAUGAUUUAUUUUCGCUUCGAACAUUUCUCACACUUGGUCUUAUAGCUACUGUAGCUGGUUGUACCGGUCUAGUUAUCACACGAUUACCUCCAGGUGCAUAUCCGACGCAUGCAGGAGACCCUUCAUUAUCACGUACUAUCAAACCAUCACUUCCACUAGACGGUGCAGCUAGUGACUACGAUAUUGAAAGUUUGAACAAUUAUAAUGUACGAGAACAAACUGACGCGCGAGGACAACAACUAUAUCCUAAUCGAAAUGGAGGAUUGUAUGGAGACGGUUUUCAGAAUUCUUCUCCUAGUACUAUGAAUACUUCUAGUGCUGCAUAUAAGGACGCACCAACUGGUUCCUUAAUGAAUAAUACUAUAAAUUAUCCAUCAAACAUCAAUCCUAAUCCGCCACCAAUUAAUUUAGCGAAGUCAAGUCUUCCAUUAGUGUCAACGUCGCUAAAUAAUACAGGAACAGGACUAAAUCCUACUAAUAUACCAACAAACAACCCUAUAACAUCAUUCAGUGGUUUUCCUCCUGCUAUGAACCCUAGCCAGCCAGCUCCAGCUCCAACAAACAAUCCUUUAUCAGCAAUUGGCAGUUUUCCUCCUGGUAUGAAUCCUAAUCAACCAGCUCCAGCUCCAACAAAUAACGCUACAACAUCAUUCAAUGGUUUUCCCGCUGAUAUGAACCUUAACCAGUCAGCUCCAGCUCCAACAAAUAAUCCUCCAAUUGUAAAUAUCAAUCAAGCCCAAACAUCGCCAUCCUCAACAAACAAUGCACCAUCUUCUUUCAGUAAAUUCCUACCUGGACUCGGUGGUAACAAGUCAACAUCAACUACAACGACAAACGAUCCGCAAACAACUCAAACCAAUUAUCCUUCAAUUAUGAAUUCACCAUCACAAUUCCCUUCAACACAAGUGCCUUCAAUGAACGAUUCAAAUUACUCAACGAAUUCUCAAUCAAAGCCUAUAAUGAAACCUAUAUUAUCAUUUCAAAAUCAAUCACACGCUAACGGAGACAAUGGCGAUGAUAAUGGAUCUCGUCUCGAAUUGGAUUUUCCCAUUGAAAAUGUUCUAGCCGAUUCUAACAUUCCUUCUGCUAUGGCGAUUAAAAUUAAUGAAACUAUUGAGAGAGAUCGUCUUGGCAAUGCUUAUCAUAUUAAUCGUUACACAAUUGAACCACCAAUGCAACGCAUAUAUAUUGGUAAUGAUGAACCGAUUACUCGUCGUUUAUCUAAUAAUAAUUUUCAUGUUGGCACAAGACAUAUAACUGAAAUUGAAAAUUUUAAUCCAAAUUUAUUAUCGAAUAAUAUAAUUGAUUGUCAGAGAUUGACUGGGCAGCAUCAUCGACAUCAUUCUCAAUCGGACGCGUCACUGGAUGAUUAUCUUGAUCAACUAAUUCGUAAAUCAGGCGGUACUGUUAUUCAGGCCCAAAGUUUUCAACAUUUACAACAACUAAUCAAUCAAUAUAUAUCUCAUUAUCAAUUCAUGCCAACACAAUCAUCAACAAAUCCUCCUCCAUUAGAUACGAAUAAUAUUAAGGAACCGGUUUUCUAUUAUACAGCACGUGCUCUACCAACCGAUCCGAUGGCACAUUAUUAG